CAACAACUUUGACAAGCAACAUUUUCAGCUCCUUGCGGCAGCCGAAGGCAAAGUGAAGGCUAGAAAGAGUUUUUUCCCCGAAGAAAACGCAAGCAAAGCGAUUGUUUAUCCUCAGCCUGCGGCACCAGUUUCGCUUUAACAGGUUUGUGGAUGUUGUUUUAACAAUUCCUCACUUUACGUCGAAAUUUGUACGCGUAAAAGUGUGCGGUGCAGACACAUUUCCUACGUACGGUCACAAAAGCCGGCUUUUCGUUGCUGCUCUCCCUCUCGCUGAGGUCUGAUACUGGUGGCCAUGGCUGCGGAUGAGGCACAACUCAUCUACGAGCUGCGAAAUGUGGGGUAUGAAGGACCGUUUCUCGAUCAGAACUAUGCGUCGACGGCAAUCUUUGCGGGGCCGCAGAGCGGCGAGUUUCAGGACAUCGUCCUGUGGCUGACGGAGGAGAUCCGCAUCCUCGGCAAGCUGGACGAGCGCGUUGGGAAGAGUGAAGAUGCCAGCUCGUUCAUACUGGAGCUGUCCGCUUUUCUCAAGGAGCUCACCUGCCCGUACGCGAGCCUCACGUCCGGCCAUGUGUCGGACCGGUUGCAAACGCUCGAAUCGAAGCUGCUCUUGCUAGACUACCUGAUCAACGAGCUGAUGGCGUUCAAAAUGCUCGAAUCGCUCAAGCCGAAGGAAAAGUCGACCGUCAUCACGCUGCACGAAUCGCCGACCGCGGCCGCGCUGAAGGACAUCUGCAUCACGCUCGGCAUGGGCAAGCCGCCGAACAACGUGCCCCCGAAGGCACUGUUCGAGCGCAUUAACGCGAGCCUUGACGAGACGAUCCGGAAGGCGGGCGAAAACCGGCUCAGCAAACCGCUGUUCAGCCCGAAGGAGCGCCUGACGGCCGAACAGUGGGCUAAGCUGGAGAAGCUGCAGAAGGAUCUGGACAGCGAGUACGAUCUGCGGCGCAAGAUGCUGCUCACCCGGCUGGACGUGACGAUCCAGAGCUUCCGGUGGUCGAGCCGCGUCAAGGACAAGGAGGGCGUGAUUGCGGACCGGUACGCGGAAAAGCGCAAACUGCUCGAUACGAUGGAGGUCGGUGGGCGCGACACGGACAUUGCGGCGCUGCUGGCGGCCCGCGAAACGCUCGCCAUCAUCGAGAAGACGAGCAGCGCGUCGGUGCGCAAGAACACCAAGAGCAAGAUCCAGCGGCACAUAAUUGGGCGCGUGCCGGACAGGGGCGGACGAGCGUACGAGCACAAUCCGCCGCCGCUGGAAAUGCCGUCCUGGCAAACGCAGCGCAACACUGGCGGCGGUGGUGGUGGUGGUCGUGGUGGGUUUGGCGGUGGCAGGGGAGGCGGACGAGGCGGCGGUAAUAAUGCCGGUGGUGGAGGAUUUCAGCAACAGCAGCAGCAGGGAAAUUACUCCAACAAGGGCUAUAACCAGGGAGGAGGUCAAAACUACCAUCAGGGAGGCAGAGGAGGAUACAACCAUGGUGCCGGAAACGGUACGGGUGGUGGCGGUGGCGGUGGUGGCUUCCAUCAAGGUGGAGGAGGUGGUGGAGGUCACAAUCAGAACCGGGGCAGUCGUGUACAAGGCGGCUGGUCGCAACCUCAACAGGGUAGGUUAAAAUGGCCAUCAAAUCUUGUUACAUUUGGGUUCAAUUACAUUCGCUCCAUUGCAGAUUACAACCACAGCGGGUACGGAUCGGGAUCGGGACGCAGCAGCUACAGCAGUGGCAGCGAUCAGUACAGCAACAAUUCCGGCAGCAGCAGUCGGGCCGGCUACAGUGACCAUCGCGGCGGAGGCAACUACAGCGACCGUGGCUACGGAGGAUCGGACCGUGGGUAUGGGGGCGAUCGGGGCGGUGGUUACGGUGGUGACCGAGGUGGUAACGCCGGCUAUGGAGACAACCGCAACAACUACGACAACGAGUACAGCAGCCGGGGUGGCGGUCGUGGAGGCGGCGGACGUUCCAACUACAAUCGAGGGGGUGGACGGCGCUGAAAUCCAUCCCCGUGGUCACGUUUCAGUGUGCAUUUUCUACUCGUUUCCUGCCAUACAAAGAAAAUUGGCAUAAGAUACAUGUUCGGAUCAUACCAUCAAUAAACAAGCGGCAGCAGUCUUUCGUUGUCAUACUGUA